AUGUCGUCCGCUGUCACCGAGACGGAGGAGUCUGCGCGCGGCUCCCCGCUGACGCCGCUGAAGCUCGUCGGGCUGCUGUGCGUCUUCCUGGCGCUGUGCCUGGACGCGGGAGCCGUGAUGAGUCCCGCGUGGGUGACCGCCGACGACCAGUACUACCUGUCCCUGUGGGAGUCCUGCUGGAAGCCCGCGAGCACCGAGGACUGGCAGUGCAGCAGCACGCUGGGUUCAGACUGGCAGGUUGCUACGCUGGCACUGUUGCUAGGGGGCGGAGCCCUGGUGCUGAUGUCGUUCCUGGUCGCUCUGGUUGCCGUGUGCAUCGGCACGAGACGCCGAUUCUACGCACCCGUCGCCUUCAUGCUCUUCGCCGCAGUUGUCCUCCAGGCCUGCAGCUUGGUCCUCUACCCCAUCAAGUUCAUCGAGAGCAUCAACCUGAGGAUCUACCACGAGUUCAACUGGGGCUACGGCCUGGCCUGGGGCGGGACCAUCUUCUCCUUCGGUGGGGGGAUCCUCUACUGCCUCAACCCCAAGAACUACGAGGAGUAUUACUAGAUGCCGAUUGAAGGUUAAAACCCGACACGCUGAAGUAUUCAAGGGUUUUGAUUCUUCUUCUUUUUUUUCUUUUCUUCCAACGGCUCAAUUCCCAAGAACUGUAAGGAAUGCUACACACUGUAUUUGAGCCAAUAAAUAUAUCGCCACAGGCUUCCU